CGGGCGGGCUGGGCCAUAAGGUGUUCCUCCAGCCCUCACAACAGCCCCGCGAGGCAGGCCGAGGGACAGCGACUAGCCCACCCGCGGAGCUUCACGGAGACCGAGCGGGGAUUGGGCCCGGGCCCUCCACGGCUACAGUGGAGCAGAGACGGCCAGCGCCUGCCCGCCCUCUCCGCAAGGCCGGCAAGGGGGCCGCGCUCCCUCACUCUCCAUUCAAAGCAGCCUCCUCAGCCUUCCCGCUUCUCGGCUGCAGCAUGAACUCCCAGCAGUCGUCAGUCCGUCCGCCGUAGGAGGCUGCCUGUCCCAUUCCGUCUUUUACGGGUUCAAGUAGCGUUGGCCGCACUGCGUCAGAAGUGAACUCGCACUCUAGAUUCAGUGUGUACAUCUAUAACGAUAGUCUAUGACCGUGGAAGACCAGACGUCACAUCUGGGAACUUGAAUAUAGGUGUCCUAGCUGGUGCCUGUGUGCGGAAACAGGAGCGGGUAUGCGGUUCUGAAGAAAAUAGCGAGAUUAUAGAAACCUGGCUGAAUCGGGGGCGAAGUAAGCCAUCCGGGUCGUAGGGGCUGGUUCAGGCACGGUGAGGGCAGCACAGCGCUCAGUCCCGCGCCACGCGUGUGGAAGGACCCGCGGAGCGCGGGAAGCCGGUGAGGCAAUGGCGCAACUAGAGCACGGCCUGCGGAGAGAGUGAACCUGCAGGAAGAUCCGCCGCCAUCCGUGCUUCUCCUGCCGCGGCGUGGCUGAAUCCCGCUCAGCGGACUCCGCACCUGCCCUAACUCACGGAGGGAGAAGGAGAGAAAGGAGGAGAUGAUGGCCGGCUUAUAGGCGCACGUCGGCGCGCUGCCACCGAGGCCCCUCAGAAAGAGGCCCGGCCGAGCAGGCGCGCGGGGUCUCCAGCCGCGCUGCACCUUCGCCGCAUUUCGUGCUUCUUCCAGUCGAGAGGAGCGGGGAGCCUCCGCCGCCGCUGCACCUGCGGUUUCUUCUUUCCCAAGUGGGCUGAAAUAAAGUGAUAUCGAUCAAAACCAUGUUCCUUUAUAACCUAACUCUGCAACGAGCCACUGGUAUCAGCUAUGCCAUCCAUGGCAACUUUUCAGGGACCAAACAACAAGAAAUUGUUGUUUCUCGAGGGAAAAUCUUGGAGUUGCUUCGCCCUGAUCCAAACACAGGAAAGGUUCAUACUUUGUUGACAGUCGAAGUCUUUGGAAUCAUCCGCUCCCUCAUGGCCUUCAGGUUAACUGGUGGGACCAAAGACUAUAUUGUGGUGGGCAGUGAUUCGGGUCGCAUUGUUAUCCUGGAAUACCAACCCUCUAAAAAUGUGUUUGAGAAGAUCCAUCAGGAAACCUUUGGCAAGAGUGGCUGUCGCAGAAUUGUUCCUGGACAGUAUUUGGCUGUGGAUCCUAAAGGGCGAGCUGUCAUGAUCAGUGCCAUUGAGAAACAGAAGCUAGUGUACAUUCUGAACAGAGAUGCCGCAGCCAGACUCACAAUUUCUUCCCCAUUGGAAGCACACAAAGCCAACACCUUGGUUUACCAUGUAGUUGGAGUAGAUGUGGGGUUUGAAAACCCCAUGUUUGCUUGCCUGGAAAUGGAUUAUGAGGAAGCUGACAAUGACCCCACAGGAGAAGCAGCAGCCAACACCCAGCAGACCUUGACAUUUUACGAGUUAGAUCUGGGUUUGAACCACGUGGUCAGGAAAUAUAGCGAACCCUUGGAAGAACAUGGGAACUUUCUUAUAACAGUGCCUGGAGGCUCUGAUGGUCCCAGUGGGGUACUGAUUUGUUCUGAAAACUACAUCACCUACAAAAACUUUGGUGACCAACCAGAUAUUCGAUGUCCCAUUCCCAGGAGAAGGAAUGAUUUGGAUGAUCCUGAAAGAGGCAUGAUUUUUGUCUGUUCUGCAACACACAAGACCAAGUCAAUGUUCUUUUUCUUGGCUCAGACCGAGCAAGGUGAUAUCUUCAAAAUCACCUUGGAGACUGAUGAGGACAUGGUAACAGAAAUUCGACUCAAGUACUUUGACACAGUUCCUGUCGCUGCUGCCAUGUGUGUGCUGAAAACGGGGUUUCUCUUUGUGGCUUCUGAGUUUGGAAACCACUACCUCUAUCAGAUAGCUCAUCUCGGCGAUGACGAUGAGGAACCAGAGUUCUCCUCUGCCAUGCCACUGGAGGAAGGCGACACUUUCUUUUUCCAGCCUCGCCCGCUCAAGAACUUGGUGCUGGUGGAUGAACUGGACAGCCUGUCUCCUAUCUUGUGCUGCCAGAUAGCUGAUUUGGCUAAUGAAGACACACCUCAGUUGUAUGUGGCCUGUGGAAGGGGGCCUCGAUCAUCUCUGAGGGUCCUCAGACAUGGACUUGAGGUAUCUGAAAUGGCAGUCUCAGAGUUGCCUGGUAACCCCAAUGCCGUCUGGACCGUGAGGAGACAUGUUGAAGAUGAGUUCGAUGCCUAUAUCAUUGUGUCCUUCGUCAAUGCCACCCUGGUGCUGUCUAUUGGAGAAACUGUAGAGGAAGUGACAGACUCUGGAUUCCUUGGUACCACGCCAACCUUGUCCUGCUCAUUGUUGGGAGAUGAUGCUUUGGUGCAGGUUUAUCCUGAUGGUAUCCGGCACAUCAGAGCAGAUAAAAGAGUUAAUGAGUGGAAAACACCAGGGAAGAAAACCAUUGUCAAAUGUGCUGUGAACCAGAGACAAGUGGUGAUAGCGCUGACAGGCGGAGAACUGGUCUACUUUGAGAUGGACCCGUCAGGGCAGCUGAAUGAAUACACAGAGAGGAAGGAGAUGUCUGCUGAUGUGGUGUGCAUGAGCUUGGCCAAUGUCCCCCCUGGAGAGCAGCGCUCCCGUUUCCUUGCUGUCGGGCUGGUGGACAACACGGUGCGCAUCAUUUCACUGGACCCCUCUGACUGUCUACAGCCUUUGAGUAUGCAGGCUCUCCCUGCCCAGCCAGAAUCGUUGUGCAUUGUGGAAAUGGGUGGAGCUGAGAAGCAGGAUGAGCUGGGGGAGCGAGGGUCCAUUGGCUUCUUGUACCUGAACAUUGGCUUGCAGAAUGGUGUGCUGCUUCGAACUGUCCUUGAUCCGGUCACUGGUGAUCUCUCUGACACAAGAACCAGAUACCUUGGGUCGCGCCCCGUGAAACUCUUCCGGGUCCGGAUGCAAGGCCAAGAAGCGGUGCUGGCCAUGUCGAGUCGCUCCUGGCUGAGUUAUUCUUAUCAGUCCCGCUUCCACUUGACCCCCCUCUCAUAUGAGACGUUGGAGUUUGCAUCUGGCUUUGCCUCAGAGCAGUGUCCAGAGGGCAUUGUUGCCAUUUCAACAAACACACUGAGGAUUUUGGCAUUGGAGAAACUUGGAGCCGUCUUCAACCAGGUUGCCUUCCCAUUGCAGUACACACCUAGGAAGUUUGUCAUCCACCCUGAGAGCAACAACUUAGUCAUCAUUGAGACCGACCACAAUGCUUAUACAGAGGCCACUAAAGCCCAAAGGAAGCAGCAGAUGGCCGAGGAAAUGGUGGAAGCUGCAGGUGAGGAUGAGAGGGAACUAGCCGCAGAGAUGGCAGCAGCGUUUCUGAAUGAGAACCUUCCAGAGUCCAUCUUUGGUGCCCCAAAGGCAGGAAAUGGCCAGUGGGCAUCAGUUGUCAGGGUGAUGAACCCCAUCCAAGGAAACACUUUAGAUUUAGUCCAGCUGGAGCAAAAUGAAGCUGCCUUCAGUGUGGCAGUGUGCCGAUUUGCCAAUGCUGGUGAUGACUGGCAUGUUUUAGUGGGGGUAGCCAAGGACCUCAUCCUGAACCCCCGCUCAGUUGCUGGAGGCUUUGUCUACACCUACAAGCUGGUGAACAGUGGGGAGAAGCUGGAGUUCCUACACAAGACCCCAGUGGAGGAAGUCCCUGCUGCUAUCGCCCCAUUCCAAGGCAGGGUGCUAAUUGGGGUGGGGAAACUCCUGCGCGUGUACGACUUGGGCAAGAAGAAGCUGCUCCGAAAGUGUGAGAACAAGCACAUUGCCAACUACAUCUGUGGGAUCCAAACCAUUGGGCACAGAGUGAUCAUCUCAGACGUCCAGGAGAGCUUCAUCUGGGUGCGCUACAAGAGGAACGAGAACCAGCUCAUCAUUUUUGCAGAUGACACCCACCCACGCUGGGUGACCACUGCCUGCCUCCUGGACUAUGACACAGUGGCCGGGGCCGACAAGUUUGGCAACAUCUGUGUGGUGAGGCUGCCACCCAACACCAAUGAUGAGGUUGAUGAGGACCCAACUGGCAACAAGGCUUUGUGGGACAGGGGCCUUCUCAAUGGUGCUUCCCAAAAGGCAGAGGUGAUUAUGAACUACCAUGUAGGAGAAACCGUCCUGUCUUUGCAGAAGACAACGCUGAUCCCUGGAGGUUCUGAGUCUCUUGUCUACACGACCUUGUCUGGAGGCAUUGGCAUUCUUGUCCCCUUUACAUCGCACGAGGAUCAUGACUUCUUCCAGCAUGUUGAGAUGCAUCUCAGAUCUGAACAUCCCCCUCUCUGUGGGCGAGACCACCUCAGCUUUCGCUCCUAUUACUUCCCAGUCAAGAAUGUCAUUGAUGGGGAUCUGUGCGAGCAGUUCAACUCCAUGGAACCCAAUAAGCAGAAGAACGUGUCUGAAGAGCUGGACAGGACCCCGCCAGAGGUGUCCAAGAAGCUAGAGGACAUCCGUACCCGCUAUGCUUUCUGAGUGGGAUCUGUUCAAGGACUUGGCUGGGACUCCUGUUCCAAAGAUGUUUUGAGCUCUCACCCACCCAUUCCCAAUUUCACCACCCCAUUUUCUUCCAGGGACUUGAGGUCCAGCCGUGUCGUUGACCUGUUUUGUCCAUGCUGUUCAGGAACUGGGUUCUCCCAAGAGGCCAUGCCUCUCCCCCUUCAGGAGUGUUUCUGGUCCCUCUCUUUCUGCAGACAGUUUGGCUGCUGCACCCAUUGCCAACCUGCCCUUUUCCUGCCUUGGAUGAUGCCCUGGUGCCCUCCCUUUGUCAAGUGAGCUAGCUGGAUGAAGUCCCACAACAUGAGCUCCCUUUUCUGAGUUUGUAAGGAGGAAAUCUGGGUGUGGGGAGAUUGGGGUUCUUGUUGGCUGCCUCCACUGGCAGUAUCCGGGAAGGUCACUUCUCCAACCUGCUGUUUUUAUCUUUGUGUUUGUAAAUAUGUCUUGUAUCAAGUUGGAGAGGCAGCCAGUAUGACCUGCCCUUAAGACUUUCAUUAAAAAAAAAGGCACCUGCAUUAAAGCCUGGCUGAGAAA